AUGACAAAACGGGUGGCCACAGAGGAGGCGCCUGGUGCCUCCUCUUCUAAGAGAAUGAGUACCCACACCAUAGACGAUGACGAUGACGAUGACGAUUUUACCCCAAGUUCAAGCCCAGAUUCAAGUGCGGAGGUUGAUUCAACCAUCACUGCUGCAACGACCCCUCGCACCAAAUUUCCAUCAGAUUACAAGACGUUGGCAUGCACCUGGCCAGGAUGUCCGAAAAGCUUCAACCGUCCAGCUCGAUUGAGAGACCAUAUGAACUCUCACACCAACUCCCGACCUCAUAAAUGCCCAUACGACGGCUGUACCAAAGACUACAUCGAAGAUAAGCAUCUGAAACAGCACAUCAAAGCCGUUCAUACAAAUGACCGCAAAUACGUCUGCCAGAGAGAGGGCUGCGGAAAGACUUUUGUAACAGGCACGAGGUUGAAACGUCAUCAGCUAGUCCAUGAGGGAGCAGACAGAUUCCGCUGUCAGGACUGCGGCCAAAGCUUCAGAAAAAAGGAAACGCUCAAUAAGCAUGUGCGGAAGGAGCACCAAGGCUUGCCAGCGCAUCAAUGCCCGGAGCCGACAUGCACAAGAGCGUUCGAUUCCAAGGGAGCGCUCAACCGGCAUCGGGAGAGGGAGCAUGGCCCGCUCAAGUACUGGUGCAUGGAAUGUGCCCCACAGAUGCGAGAAGAUGGUACUAUGCACCGAGUUGGGUUUACGACAGAUCCACAGCUGCAGUCACAUAUGCGGCAAGAGCAUCAAAACUGCAUGUUCUGCGAGUACAAAUCCAGCUCGCUAUGGGAGCUGGAAACACACAUUGAAAUUCAUCAUUCGGGGAAAACGGUCCAGGACCGCAAGACAGUAGUUUGCCCGCAUGCUGGCUGUGACAAGAAGUUCACCAAAAAAUCCAAUCUUAACGUUCACAUUCGAACGGCACAUGAAGGAUUCCGUUUCGUCUGCGGCGAGGUCGAAUUCACCGGCCCCGGUCUUGAAAAAUGGACCAACGACCAAGGUUGUGGCGACAAAUUCAGCACCAAAGUUCGAUUAGAGGAUCACAUUCGCUUCAUCCAUCUAGGUCAAGAACGGCCCAAGGUAUCCAAGCCGGAUAAGUCCGUUCCAAUGGACGUCAUUGACGAGAUAUCCGGCGUUACAAACGCCAAGAAGCAAACCCUGCGUUGUUUCCACUGCAACGAGGGCUUCAUUCGUUACUUUGACCUGAACGCCCACAUUGCUUUUGCUCACGGCCCAACGCCCGCCGCAGACGAAGAAGCCCCGUUCGCAAACCCACCCGCAUUCGAUAAUGGGAACGGGAAUGCUCUUGAGCAGCCCGCUUGGUCGGAAAACUUUCAGCAAGACGACAUUUUCACCUCGCAAAUGGGAUUCGAAGCGGGACAGAAUGGCUGGACGGAGGAGAAUGCGACUCUUUUGAUGCUGGCUCAGGGGGAGGCCGGCCCGGAUGGUAAUAUCGACCCUACACUGGGAGGAUUUUAG